AUGGAGUUGCAGGACAUCUUCUAUGAUGGCUCCCGAUACGUAGAGACGGCGAGUGGCAAUAAAGUUAGCCGCAACGCAUCGAUCUGUGGCAGCCAGAAUAUUGUUCUUAGCGGUAAGACCAUUAUUAUGUCGAACUGCAUAAUCCGCGGUGACUUGGCAAACAUCCGGAUCGGUCGCCGUUGUGUCAUCAGCAAAGGCGCAGUGAUUCGACCGCCUUUCAAAAAGUUCUCCAAAGGGGUGGCUUUCUUCCCUCUCCAAAUUGGUGAUCACGUAUUUGUAGGGGAAGGUGCCGUAGUGAAUGCUGCUCAAGUUGGUUCCUGCGUCUACAUCGGACGAAACUGCGUUGUGGGCAGGCGAUGUGUGCUGAAGGACGCUUGUGCUUUACUGGACAACACGGUUCUUGCUCCCGAAACCAUUGUCCCACCAUUCUCCGUCUUUGGUGGGUCGCCUGGUCGUUGUGUGGCGGAGCUACCGGAGUGUACUCCUGAGCUGAUGGCAGAUUUAACGCGUAGCUACUACGACCACUUUCUAUCUAAAACCACGUCCGUUGUAACACCUGCUCCCUCUUCUAAUAGACGUGUCUCUGCUGCGACAACUGGGGCUAAAAGAGUCAUCUAA